AUGAAAGACAAAGAUCUCUUCGACAAUGACGAUUCAUUUUCUUUCUUUAUUAUAGUUAUUCCCAAUAUUCCCAUCGAUGCUCAAUGGUCACAAAAUGGAAAGACCGUUGCUGGAGGGAAUGAAGAAGGCAAUGUCACAAAUCAACUCUACUUGCCUCAUGGUCUCUUCGUUGAUGAUGAUCAAACGAUGACCAUUGCUGACGACUGUAAUCAUCGUAUCGUCCAAUGGAAGAUGGGUGAUACGAAUGGACAAGUUGUAGCUGGUGGCAAGGGCCAAGGAAAUCGCUUAGAUCAAUUGAAUGCGCCAGUCGAUGUGCUAAUCGACAAAGAGACUGAUAGUCUCAUUAUUUGUGAUCAUGGGAAUAGACGAGUUGUACGAUGGUCUCGUCGUAGUAGCACAACUCAAGGAGAAAUCCUCAUUGACAACAUCGCUUGUCGAAGAUUGUUCAUGGAUGAUCAGAGAUAUCUCUAUGUCUCUGACAUCGAAAAACAUGAAGUAAGACGUUAUCAACUAGGAGACAAGAAUGGAAUUGUCGUGGCUGGUGGAAAUGGCAAAGGUGCUGGUCUCAAUCAACUCGACUGGCCCACCCACAUCUUUGUCGAUCAACAACAGACUGUCUACGUGUCAGACAACCACAAUCAUCGUGUAAUGAAAUGGAAUAAAGGUGCAAAAGAAGGCAUUGUCGUCGCUGGAGGUCAAGGCGAAGGGAAGGCUCUGACACAAUUGUAUCAUCCUAACGGACUCUUCGUCGAUAUGUUGGGUACCAUCUAUGUGGCGGAUUGGGGGAAUCGAGUGAUGCGUUGGCCUAAAGGAGCAAAACAGGGUACUGUUAUUGUGGGUGGAAAUCGUGAAGGAGCAGAGGCAAAUCAGUUCAAUGGUCUCAGUGGUUUGUCCUUCGAUCGACAAGGCAAUCUCUAUGUCGUCGAUCAUCUCAAUAAUCGUGUUCAAUUUUUUUCAAUUCAAUAAAAUGCAUUUGAAUAGAAAAAAAAAUUUUUUAUUACUAUUCAUGCGCUCGCGUGACCAGGAACCAUCCUGGUGGCGCUGUGGAGAGCGUAAAGCUCGUACACGCGCCGAAAAACUCACAUCAUCCACAUGCAUCCAUCCGGUGACAUAUGUCAGUGAGCCUGUGGCCCGACCGUAUUGUCACAGACACCAAGACAGUUCCUGGCCGGUGUUUAAGGUCUAUCCGGA